AUGGACAAACCAAUCCGCCGCGUCAUCGCCGCCCACGAUCCCCAAGGCAAAGCGAUCUUCGCCUCAGACGAUGUCCUCACCCCCUACGAUCCUACCACGGCUCCCGAAUUCUCUGUACCAGGUCCAAAAUCUGGCUUCGGGGUCAUUCAGAUCCACCGCUCACGAGGAUUCCCCGCGGAUAACAUGCGUGAACUGCCCGAUCCCCACAGGACUCUCGUCCCGCUGGCUGAUACCAAAGGUCCUUCCUGUCGGAUCUUGGAUCUGCCCCCUGCCGAAUCCGGCUGGUUCCAUCGGACACUCAGUCUAGACUAUGGCAUCGUGCUCUCUGGCACUGUUGUAUUGAUCACUGAUGGUGGGGAGGAGAAGAUUCUCCAUCCGCACGAUGUGAUUGUUUGUCGAGGCGCGAAUCACGAAUGGGUGAAUCGGGGAACGGAAGUUGCCAGGAUGUUUGUGGUUGUUGUUCCCAGUCAAGAGAUUGUUGUGAAUGGAGAGAGACUGGUUAAGACACCUGCUGGAGAGAUUUACGAUCCUGAGGAGGAAUGA